AUGGCUGCGCUGGUGGAGCCCCUGGGGCUGGAGCGGGACAUGUCCCAGGCAGUGGAGCUGCUUAAGCGGUUCCAGCGCAGUGGGGACCUGCUCCCACAGAAGCUGCAAGGCCUCCAGCGAGUCCUGCAGAGCCGCUUCUGCUCUGCCAUCCGGGAGGUGUACGAGCAGCUGUACAACACCCUGGACAUCACCGGCAGUGCCGAGAUCCAGGCCCACGCCACAGCCAAGGCCAUGGUGGCCUCCUUCAUGGCUAGCGAGAACCACGCACAUCCCAGGGUGGUGGAGCUGCCCGAGACGGACGAGGGCCUGGGCUUCAACAUUAUGGGGGGCAAGGAGCAGAACUUGCCCGGGGGCGGCAUGGCCGACCUCCACGGAGGCCUCAAGCGUGGAGAGCAGCUACUGUCAGUGAAUGGUGUGAGCGUGGAGGGCGAGCAGCAUGAGAAGGCGGUGGAGCUGCUGAAGACGGCCCAGGGCUCGGUGAAGUUGGUGGUGCGCUACAUGCCCUGCGUGCUGGAGGAGAUGGAGGCCCGCUCUGAAAAGAUGUGCUCCGUCCUUAGGCGCCAGCAACACCAGAGCCUUGAAGUCUGGAGGCUGAAACCACAGAUCCGGACCCUCACCCUCAACUCCCUCAUCCCCUGUACAGUAUUUAUUGGCACUAGCCCUUUAUUUAAAGACCUUUGACCCUUAAAAAAUAAUAAAAAAUAAAAAAUUUUCCUGGAGCAGUGAAACCCUAGUCCCAGUGAUGACAAAAUAACAACAACAACAACAACAAUAAUAAUAACAACAGUGGGCUGGGGAGAUAGUAUAAUGCAUAAGCAAAAAAGACUUCUGUGUCUGAGACUUUGUGAUCCCAGAUUCAAUCCCCAGCACCACUACAAGCCAGACUCAAACAGUUCCUCUGAUUUAAAAAGAAAAGUUAUUUGUAUUACUAUUAAAUAUUGAA